AUGCGCGUCGUACGAAUCCUUUUUGGCGUCGCGCUGUUGUUCGUUGGCUGCGAUGCAUUAGAGUUAAGUGCAGCCACAAAUACAAAGCUCGAAUUGCAGGAUCGUAGUCGGCGCAGCUUGGAUGUGGGCUGGCUGCUACGAAAUUUGCUGUUAAAUAGCGCUACUGCCAGCGAUUUGAAGGCGAAUGUGACGCGCACACUUGCCGCAUCUAGACUACCACCACCGCCACCACCAACAACGCGGCGACCGAGAACAACACGUCCGCCAACUACACUUGCACCGCCUCCGCCACCGCCACCGCCGCCAUUCAAUCCGUUCUUUAACAAGUUUGCUUUAUUUGCCAGCUCGUCAGAUUUAUUUAACCCAACGACGCGCCCCCCACCAACCACUACUACUACCACCACGACCACUGAGGCACCUGAGACACCACCACCACCGCCACCACCUCCGGCUCCGUCAAGACGUCCGCGCCCACGCCCAAAACCGUUUCCACGUCCACCGCCAAGUUAUAAUAGACCACCAUAUGGCUAUGACUAUGACUAUUUUUAUCCUUCUGGCUACGAUGGCUCUCUGUCACGCGGUAACCCACGCUUUGGUCCUGUGGAUUACGAUUAUGAUGAUGCGUCUACCGCACAGUCCGCGCCACCACCAUCGCCACCGCCACCGCCAUCACCACCAGCACCAGCACCACCAUCGCAGCCAUCUUCGCCACGUAAAGCCGGACGCAGUCGUCAACGCCCUGCAGCUCCACCACCACCGCCAUCGCCAGCGCCAACCCAACCGGCACCACCACCAAUGCCACAAAUUAGGCGUCGACCUUCAGCAGCAUCAGCACCACCACCACCACCGCCUCCAACUAGAUCUCGACCACCGCCACAACCACAACGCGAUCGACUAUUAUACCAGUAUGCGCAACCAGAUGAUAUCUCAUCCAAUGAAAGCGCUGAUGAUGUAGCCGGACCGCCGGAAGCCGCACCCGAAGCAGAUAUUCCACCUGAAGAAGCAGACGAUAAUAGUAAUGCAGCACCGGAGGGCGCUGACGCGACGAACGGCGAUGUAGGUGAUGAAAAUGAAAUUCCUGAAAAUGAUGAUGAUGUUGGGCCACCGCCCGAAGUUCUAUCACCGCGUCUGCCUUCCUUUGGACGUGGUCCCAACGCAAGGCCAGCGCCCUCGUCACCUUUUGCCUCACCAUCUUACUAUGAUGCAAUUCCCUCUUCUCCAUAUAAUUUCGGUUCCUUUAACGCUGGCUCGGGAUUUGGCAGUUCCUCUUUCGGCUUCAGUCGUGCUAGUCCUGCUAAGGGUGCAUAUAAGUUCCGUGACGCCUUCUCUGAUUUCCAAACCAGCUACGACGAUGGUCGCUUUCAGCCAAGCGGCUUCGGUGCAUAUAAAUAGUCUAUUAUUUAG